CGCCGCCGCAGCGCGCCCGGGCCCCGCGGCCCCGCCCCGGAGGAACCCAGGUGUCCGAGCGGCCCGGAGGCUCCAGGAUGGAGAAUGGAGCUAAGCCCAAGGCAGGGGGGCCUCGGCCUCUGGCCACUCGCCCCCUCGGCCCCUCGGCCCCCAAGCCCCCUGGGGGCCCCAAGAAAAUGGGAACGGGUCCCCCUCGAACUCCCGGAGCCGGUCAGCCCCGGGUUGGGGUGAAGAGACCCCCUGGAGAGCGAGUGGGAGCCACGGUUCAGAGCCUGGAACCUGGGAACCAGGGUGGGAUGGGCCAGGCAAAGCGGCCGGUGACAGGAAGCGAUGCUCCAGCCUCCAAGCCUGUGGUGGGGAAGACAGAGCGAGCCGCAGCUCCCCGGGCUACCAGACCGGGGGCUCCAGCUCCCAAAGCCUUCCCGCAAACCCGAUCCCCCAUCGUGGAGCCCGCUACCAAGACCAAGACUCCCACCCACCCUGGGGGGGCAUCAGGAGCAGCCGCAGCUGCCCAGGGAAGAACUGCCCCGGUCCUGGGCCGUAAAGAUCCCGCCCGACAGGCCUCUCGGGCCCAGGCUACCCCUGGCACCCGUGUGGUCCCCAGCCCCCAGCUGGCCCGAACCUCAGCCCCUGAACCCAGGGUCCCCCGCCUGCCACUAGCCACCAGGGCCCGGCCCACUCUCCCCACUGCCACACCCCAGCAGCCUGCCCGGCCACCUCCCAAGGCAGUGCCUGCGAGGAGAGUGGUCCAAGCCCUUGGAGAUCCCACCCCUCCGGCCAGGAAGAAAUUAAGCGGAGGCACCUUGGGAAGAGGAGGGCCUUCCGGCAUUUGCUCCCGCCCCUCGGCUCCAGCCCCACGGCGAGGCGCUUCUCCUGCUUCACGACUGGCUGGGCCUCCAGCCGUUCCUGCUACCACUUCUCUGGCCCUCACUCCUCCUGCCACACCCCUUCUACAGUCUCCGGCCCCUCCAGCUCCCCUGACAGUACUUCCCCUACAGGCCCCGCUCACCCCCUCCCCUUCAGCCAUGCCCUCUCUUCCAGCUCAGACUCCUCCUGCUGCAGCCCCUCUAGGGAAUCCAUCUUUCCCCUCCCUUCCAGCCCCACUCUCUCUAAAGGGCCAGACUCCUCCAGCCGCAUCCCAUUUACAGGCCCAGACCCCUGCUGCCUCCUCCACCCUUCAGACUCCAGCCGCUUCCUUCCCUCCGGUCCCACCCCCUCUACGGGACCAGACUCUUUCUGCCUCAUCCCCUCCACAAUCCCUGACUCCUCCUGGCUCUCCUCUUCUUCAGGUUCCACCCACUGCCUCCCCUCUGGCCCCAUCCCCUCCCCCUCCACAGGACCAGACUCCUCCUGACUCUCUUCUUCAAGCUCCACCCACUUCCUCCCUUCUGGCCCUGUCCCCUCUACAGGACCAGACUCCUCCUGCCUCUCCUCUUCUUCAGACUCCACCCACUUCCUCCCCUUUGGCCCCACCCCCUCUACAAGACGAGACUCCUCCUGCCUCCCCUACUCUUCAGGCUCCACCCUUUUCUUCCCCUUUAGUCCCACCCCCUCUACAGGAUCAGACCCUUCCGGUCUCUCCCACUCUUCAGGCAUCCCCCUAUUCUUUGCCCCUGAUCCCGCCUGCUCUACAGGACCAGACUCCUCCUGCCUCUCCGCUUUUUCAGCCUUCAGCCACUUCCUUCCCACUGGCCCCGCCCCCUCCACGGGACGAGACCCCUCCUACCUCCCCCACUCUUCAGGCUCCUCCCACUUCCUCACCUCUGGUCCCGCCUCUUCCUCAGGACCAGACUCCUCCUGCCUCGCCCCUUCCUCGGGACCAGACUCCUCCCGCCUCUCCCUAUCUUCAGGCUCCCCGCACUUCCUCCCCUCUGGUCCCGCCCCUUCCUCAGGACCAGACUCCUCCUGCCUCGCCCCUUCCUCAGGACCAGACUCCUCCUGCCUCGCCCCUUCUUCAGGACCAGACUCCUCCUGCCUCUCCCCUUCUUCAGGCUCCCCGCACUUCCUCCCCUCUAGUCCCACCCUUUCUUCAGGACCAGACCCCUCCUGCCUCACCCCUUCCUCAGGACCGGACUCCUCCUGCCUCUCCCCUUCUUCAGACUCCCCCCACUUC